UAUUUCGGACCAGUCGCGGUCACACUAACUUCUAAGAAAAAAGUAUUUUGGUUUCCCGAAAACAUGGCUAAUUCCAGCUAAUAUCGGAAAUUUGCAAAUUCAGAACACAUAUUUUUCCGGAAAACAAGACUGCGGCUGCUUAGUACAAAUCGUGGAACAAGUGCAAAAUUGACGCGUGUUAAAUGCAAACAAGAAAAUUCCAACACAGACCUUGAGUGGCUCACACACACACAGGCAAACACCCCCUCUUUCACACCUGCCGUACACACUUGCACACACACACACAUACGCUCGCGCACAUAGAUAAAGAGGAGUGCGAAAGAGAGGGAAGAGACAUAAACGUUCCCUGUUUUUUGUGUUUCUUUACGAACAGGAAGUGUUUGUUCGCUUUUUUUUUGCCAGGAUCUGCUGAAAUCGGCAGCUGGCGAUCAGAAUAAUGGUGAACGUACCCCCGCUACUCUGUAGCACACCGCCGCCCAUCGAUUUCGGGGAGGAGGACGACGAUUCCGGUUUGCAGUCAACAAUUCACUUGGACGAAAAUGACGAAUACUCCGAGUUCGGCUUAGUCAGCGGCGCAAAAGAACCCCUACCCUCACCGGAUCCCGUUACGGAAUACCGGGAAAAGCCACCGGAUGAUAUGCUGGAAAAUAAGCAAACCACCGUCGAGGCUUUUAAUUACGAAGUAAAGCAGUCGAUCGAUUACGAUGUUUAUAGGGAAACGGCACCACCUACGCCGCCACCCUUAAGUCUAGAGCUUGACGAGGAAGUGGUGGAGGAGAAUGGACAUGUGGAUAAUGGAGAACACUUGGAGGAGGAUGAGGAGGAGGAAACGAAUACCAAUGAGUCUGUGCCCUCCCUGAAGCUGGACAGCCUCAGUUUGUAUUCCACGGAAAGCGUAUCCGCUGCCUCAACACUCUCCCCCUUGGGGGAAACGGAUGCGAAUGCAGUUGUUCCAGAACCCAUAACCAAAGCCAAUGUCGUCCUUAGCCACCAAGUCACGCUAGAGGAUGUGUCCGAUGACAGCGACGAGGAGUGUUCGCCAAAGAAGCCCAAAGAAUUAUUUAUACGCGAGGGAGCCAAGGAUUUCUUUGCCAUUGAGGUGCUUGCCACACCCACAAUACCAAAUGGAGACGGUGUCCACCACACAGAGGAUAGUCCUAGGAACAAGUCUCUAGAGGAUGAAAGCUUUAAAAUGAAGGAACCACUAGAUGAGCAGGAACCCAGCUUCAUAGAGGAAACCAUCACUCAGCAGGAGAAGCCAACGGAAGCCAGUGUCUUUCAGUUUGCAAACUUCGAAGCGGAACCAAAGAUUACUACCGAGCAGAAGUCACACCAAGCGGAGCCGCAGGAAGCAGAUGACGACGACUUUGAAGACUUUGGUGACUUUGCGGAUUUCGCAGCUGCUGAACCCGAGGUUAUUAAAGAAUCCCUGACGAUAGCAGAUGCCCCUAGAAGAGAUUCCACAGAGGCAACCCCUGUUACUUUCGUAGAGCCUCCUCAGGAUGAUGGCUUUGAUGAUUUUCAAGAGUUUUCCACUCCCGCAAAGUCAACGACACCCGUCCAAAACCAUGACGAAGACGACGAUGAUGAUUUUGGUGAUUUCUCAGAGCCCGCUGUGGCUACCAUUCAAGUACCUCCACCACCGCCGCCAGCCACUGUUCACCUGAGCCUCGAUGAGCGGGUGAAGCCAGUUCUGGAGAUGAUGUUUCCUCAGUCCAAAGAGACGGUCAGUACGAGUCUGGACAAGCGUCGACCUUUGGCGCAGUGUCAGCGCUUUAACUUUGGUGCCAUCGAGCAUGCUCGAGCUCUGAAAUACGAAUGGGGCAGCUCGGAGAUGAGGCAUGCCCUUGUGCGAUCGCUGGGCAUUGAUUCGAGGAACAUACUCUUUGGUGAUAAGUGGAACUCAUCGAUGCCACGUUUUGCAGCCAACUUGAGCUUUGAUCCUCUAAAGCCGUUGAAACCAUUGUCGCCUGCCAAUGCCACCGCCACCGCCAGCACCUUGGAGCCCACCGUCGCCAGCAGCAGUAGCACCUAUCAAGGACUGGAAACCGGCGCCGGGUCCCAAGCGAGCCAAACUGAAACGCGGCCUAGCCAGACUCAUGGGAAAGGGAUCUUCUGCAGCAGUACCGCCUCCAACGGCGAAGAGCGACCCAAGGCCCAGACCGAACCAGAGCCAGAAUCCCAGUCCCUGCCCAGCCACCAUCAUAUUGAAUCCCCAGCAGCGGCAUCAGCAGCAACUGUUGCUCCAACAGCAGCGACGCUAUCGCCUGCUCUAUCAGCAGACAGCCCUGCCCACCAACUCAACGGCGGUGAGCAGCUGCAUCAGCAGCAGCAACAGUCGGAGCCGGAGCAGUUUGAUUUGAGGGCCACUCCAUCACCCACCCAGCCGCCAUUACCGCUGCCAGCGCAGGAGGAGAUUAUGGGCAGCAGCUCUUCCUCCAUUGCCAGUUACGCAGUGCCGCUGAAGGAGACCCAUAUCUAUACACCCUCCAAAUCGGAUACGGCGGUGGCCAAGACCACAACGCUGGCGCCCAUUGAUUUCGACUACGAAAUGGCAGCCACUGGCAUUAUCAUUGAUGAGACUGUGGUGAAGAAGGAGUAUCGCGAUGUGGAGUACAAGCCACCGUUUGGUCUGGAUUCACCCAGCAAAGUGAGUAGCUUUGAUAUGCCUCCAACGCAGGCAGCAGCAGCGUCGACAGAGGAUGAUGACUUCAGUGACUUUCAAUCAAUGCCGGCGGUGCCACGUUCAAGGCUAGAUACGCCCACGUUUGGUGAGCAGAUGAUUCUCAGUCCAGCCAUAUUGCUGCCACAGGCCAUUCCGCUGGCCAAGAAGGCAACAUCAUCAUCAUCAUCAGCUGCAGCAGGAGCAACAGCCUCUAUAGAGUGGGGCGACAAUGCCUUGGCCAGCAUUAAUGCCGAGGAAAUGGCCCGCAUCGAGGAGUUAUUCUCAUCUCAGACAGCCAAGCCGCCGACGAUAAGCGCCUCGGUGGCCAAGAAGAAACCUUCUCCAACGCCAGCUCCAACUCAGGCGCAAGAAGAUGACGAAUGGUCGGAUUUUGUGUCAGUUCCAGUGGCAACAACGCCCCAACAGAACUCUCCCCGCAUCAACAAUAAUAACAAUAUCAACGGCAAUCCCAGAAAGGCAAUUGCAACAGCAGCAGCAGCUGCAACUGCACCUCCCAAAGACGAUGAUUGGUCGGAUUUCGUGAGCAGCACUCCAGUUGCUUCGGCGGCUCGUCCCGCGCCCCAGUUCAAUUCGGGUGCCUGGCAGACUGCUAAUUUCUACAACAAUCCCUUGAGUCUCUAUCAGGCACAGCAGCAACAGCAGCAACAUCACAGCAAUCUGAUUCCCAGUCACAACAACAACAAAAACAACAACAACAAUGUGCCAGCAAUUCCACAACAAAUCCACAUCAUGCAUGACUUCUCCACGGCACCCGUCGCUGGCGGUUUGAUGGGUGUGGGCACCACUGCCACCUACCAGCAACACCAUCAGCGUCAGCAAUUUCAAAUUGGCAACGCCAAGGUGGCACCACGCAUCUCCCUUAUCCCCGAUCUCAGCUUUGUGGCACCGGCCUUGCCCACGAAUGCGGGUGCGUUCAUGGGAUCUUUGCCGAAACCGAGCUUUGGCGGUGGCAAGAAAUGACACAAGAAGUUGAGGAGUGGCCAGCAGCAGCAUCAGCAGCAGCAGCAUCAUCGUCGCCAGCAGCAACAGCCUCCACUGGGUGGCGGCGGUGGCAGGGGCGAAGCCACCAUCCUCACGUAGGGAUUACGUAGGGCUAAGAGGAGGAAGGCGGCCCGUAGGAGACAGUCAGUAUUAUGAAUCCGUCUGAUAAUUACCAUAAACCGUCACACACACACGUACUUAGUUUGGUGCAAGCGCUGUGUUUUCAUGUUGUUGUUGAUGUUGUCGUUGUUGACGCUGUUGUUGUU